GAAUGGGGAAACCUAAAAUAUUAAUAAAAAAUUUGUAUGAAAUUUUAUAGGUAACUUUAAAACACCUAAAAGAUAGUCAGAAAAAUUUGAUUGUAUUAGAUGGACAGAUAAUGGAAGGGCUUUUAUAAUUGUUGAUCCUGAAGAAUUUUAGAAGUCGAUUAUGCCAGAAUAUUUUUAUUCAACACAAAUAAAAUCACUUUAUCGAUAACUCAAUUCAUAUGGAUUUAAAAUGAGAAGUUUAGAAAUUAAUUAAAAAAUGUUUUCACAUAAAUGGUUUAUCUAAGGAAAUAUGUAUUUAGUACCUAUAUAUUUUAAAGAUCUUCUCUUUAUAAGGUAGAAAGAUAGAGAACAAAAAGUAUAGCUCAUUUAGACAAAGAAAAGGAUUCAAUUGUUAUUAUGAGAGAAGAAAUGAAACAGUUAAAAGAAGAAUUAGAAACCUUAUAAAGUCAAUAAAAUUCUAUACUAAAAUAAAUUAGAAUUCAUUCCAUAAUAUAGACUUACAUUUGUAAAAACAUAAAAAAGAUAUGUGAUGAAUAAAAGAAGUUCAAUUUAGAAAGAGAAUAGGAAACAAGACUAGUAAUAUAUUUCACAUCAAUGUUCGAAAUAUUUAAAGGCUUUCAAUUUGAAAUUGCCUCUAAUAUAAUCCUACAAUUAAAAGAUAUUGGAGGACCAUAAACUCCUUCCUUUUCUCCAAUGAUAUUUCCAUAUAUGUGA